AUGCCCAAACCGGAUGCGUCAGCUACAGAACUGAACACGUUCGCCGUGAAGCUUCAGAACGUUGUCUAUGUGCUGAAAACCAUAGACAAGCGUGGAUUUCUGUACAACCCACUGCUGGCUCGAGAAGUACUUGACAAGUUGAGCCCGCACAUCCAGUCCCGCUGGUGCGACUACGCCGCAGAUCACGAAGGAACAGCUGCCCCAGAGAUCGUCGUGCUAUCACGCUUCCUUAUGCGCGAGGCCGACAGAGCACUGCGCUAUAUGUACUCGCCCGCCGCAACGACGAGGAGAGAAGUAAGACCCGCGAUAGUGAAGAGGAAGCGCUGGAACAUGGUGCGAGAGAAAGGAGUGUGCUUCCGAUGCGUCGAGAAACGACACCGACGCCAAUUUUGUAAGGCGAAGCUGUGCGGCGUGAACCAAUCGCCGCCCACACCACCCUACUCUGCACGAGAAACCGAGUCAACCCAUUGCGCAGCCUGCAGCACCCCCACAACGCCGCCCUCAGUGACCCCACCGAACGCGCCGAAGCACCACGAGUCCGUGCUGUCACUGGGUACGCUACCACCGAAAGAGAAGGAAGUGCUGCUCAAAGUGGUUCCAGUCACUGUAACGGGACCACUGGGAAGUGUGGAGACACACGCACUGAUGGACGAGGGCGCCACAAUAACCCUCAUCGAUGAAGAACUGGCACAGCGCAUCGGAGCGGAAGGACCCUCAACACCGUUGCGCCUACAUGGAGUGAAUAUGACGCGACAAGAACAUCAACAACAACAUCAGAGCCGAACCGAAUACGAUUUCGUGUUCAGCGUGGACAUCAAAGACGGGGCGCCAGCAAUCAAACUGCCCUACAACAAGACUGAAGACCCCUGGGUCGCCGCGCAAGCCUUUAUACAUAAAAAUAAUUUACCUCAAGUAUAUCUUGACCAAGUAGCUAACUUCAUCGUCACAAACGCGAAAUUAGACACAUUGCCUGCUUCAAGCAACGGGUAUUCAGACCCAUUCACGGGUGAGUCCCGCUACGUACCGGGUACAGGGCCGGCGGGAGGUACCGGUCUGCCCCCUCCAUCAUCUACUGACCCGUUCACAGGCUCCGGAGCGUACACCACUUCGUCAGUCACCACUCAGCUGAGUGCUGGAGACAAACCGCUCAUACCACACGACGCUUAUAUCAGAUUCGAUCAAGCAAAUCUAAAGGCGAUCUACGACAAAUUAAAAGAAUUCAAUAGCAAAAUUGGAGAUGGUCUGGCCGCGUUUACCGACGAACAAUUAUCGAAUAUUGUUAAAUUAGGAGAAUUGAAUAGUUCAUACAGCCCCGAUUCUGUGUCGUGUUUAAAACAAAUGCUAGAAUGGCCAAAAGAAAUACUCUUUCCAGUGUUAGAUGUAACGAGACUGGCAGUUAGGAAUAAAGAAAUCAACGGAUUAAUGUUCGACUCUGCAUAUGGGCCCAAUUUUAUCAAAUAUCUACUCACUUUACUUACUCCAGAUAAUCUCCCAGCGAAUCAAAUGCUAGCUAUGCGAGUGCUCGUGAACGCGUUCAGCGACCUGCCCGGCGAGAUGCUAAUACUCGCAGCUAGAGAGAGCAUCAUUCAUACUAUCAUAUGCCUCAAUGAACUGAAUAAUAAUGGACAGAUCGCGGCGGCGUCCCUUCUGCUAAAUUUAUCUGUAGCUUUGGCGCAACAGUCUGAUAAUAUCGAGCUUGCAGACGCCCUAAUGCUACUUCUCAGCAGAGUCACCGACAACGAAGCUUAUUUCAGAGGCCUGGUAGCUCUCGGCACACUCCUAGCUGAAUCUCCAAACAAGCUACAAAUUCAAACAAAGAUUGUAUCCAACAAUCAACUACACAACCGACUGAAAAGAGACUGCACAAAUAACGACCCUAAUGUUAAGAAAAUCGCAGCUUGCUCCCAACAAAUUGUAAAGUUGUUAUGAAAUUAUUAUUAAAACACUCCUUUUUAUAUGAGCGUUGUUA